AUCAAGCUGUUCUGUAUAUUUGAUUCAAUUAUUGUGAUAUAAGUGAAUGGGACAAUGCGCAUCAUCACGUAGAAAAAUCCACCGCGAAGAGUUCAGUGAUGAUGGAGGAUCUGUUGAUUCACAAAGGCAUGGAUGCUUUGUUAUGGUAAAGGAGCAGAAGUCCAGAUUCUAUAUUGUUAGAAAAUGUAUAAUGAUGCUAAUUUGUUGGCAUAAAUAUGAUUAG